CUAAAAACCGACCUCCUUUGCAAUGCCCCUAAACACAUGCGAAUACCCGCUGCUGUUUCUGCUCUGUUUUCUGAUGAAAAGCAGUCACGCUUUCAAAAAUGAUGCUACUGAAGAGUUUAACGGGCAAGCGCUCGCAUCGGGUCACGAGACUCCGAAUAACGCGUCGCUAAACCGAGCUCGCAACGGAGGAAGGAGAGCAGAGAACCGACAGCAGACCGAACAGCACCAGGUUGGCUGCAGGGAGCUGAGGUCCACGAAAUAUAUAUCUGACGGCCAGUGCACCAGCCUGAACCCAGUCAAGGAGUUAGUGUGUGCUGGGGAAUGUCUGCCUACCCACCUGCUGCCCAACUGGAUAGGUGGAGGUCAUUACUGGAGCAGACGAGAUGCCCAGGAGUGGCGCUGUGUCACCGACCGCACACGUACCCAGCGCAUAAAACUCCAGUGCCAGGACGGCACCACACGCACAUACAAAAUCACCGCUGUCACCUCCUGCACAUGCAAGAGAUACACUCGCCAAAACAACGAAUCCUCUCAUGCACCUCAGAUUCCCUCAAAAGAUCAUCCACUGCAGAGCCCCAAGAAGAAAAAAAGCAAAAAUAAAAACUCCAAGCUUACUUCUAAAAACAAAGAGAUAUGAUAUAAUUUCGAUAUCAUUUAUUGACCAUCAUGACCUGCUCAUGGAAGGAAACUGACUAUGAACUACAGUUACACUGACUUGAACUGCAAUAAUAUGUACAACUGGGUUUAUAUUUUCAGGUUUGGAUUCUUUUACGACUGUGCAUAAAUAUAUGCAUAUGUGUGUGCGUGUUUAUGCACUAUUUGAGUGUAAUAUGGGAAAUAUUUUGUACAAAUAAUGCUUUGACAGACAAAAGUUUUUUUAAAACUUAACCUUUACUAAAUCUGCCCAGCUAACAAAAGUUCUCAAUCACUUUGGUACAUUUCCUACAGUUUUUCUGAGUCGCUUUGGUACAAUUCUCAGAUCAGAAUUGAAAUUCUUAAAACUACUUGUUCAAUCUUCACAUCAUCGUGUCACUUGUGCAAAACAAAAAAGCAGUUUCUUGUUUCUUUGAACAAGAUGCAAAUGCUUUGGUCAUCCAUGCAAAUGAUUAUAUACAAUUCUCUGCUGUUUCCUCAGUUAUCAAUUUCUUACACUGAAAAAAAUUAUAUCUGCAAACU